CUCCUGGUAGUUGUCAGUUGUCAUUGUCAAAAUUUUUGUCAGUAUUCACCAGUGAUUCACUUUCACUACAAUAUUCACUAAUUAUGUUCAGCAAACUAUAAAUAAUGGAUGAAAAUAGUUUUAAUACUUCGUAUUAAAAUAAUGAGUUAAGGCAUCGCUUUUAAAAUGGUUGAACCUAUCUUUGACUACCAAUUUCGAUUAAUAUUAAUAGGUGACAGUACAGUAGGAAAAAGUUCAUUAUUAAAAUAUUUUACUGAUGGCAAGUUUGCAGAGGUAUCCGAUCCAACAGUUGGAGUAGAUUUUUUCGCGAGAUUAAUAGAAGUAAAGGACGGCACUAGAAUCAAAUUGCAAUUAUGGGAUACAGCUGGACAAGAGAGAUUUAGAUCAAUAACGAAAUCUUAUUACAGAAAUUCGGUAGGCGCUUUAUUAGUUUACGAUAUAUGCAAUAGAACAAGUUUUGAUAACAUACCUUUAUGGAUGUCAGAAGCCAAAAGACAUAUCGAGCCGCAUCGACCUGUCUUCUGCCUUGUGGGUUGUAAAUUAGAUUUAGUAAAUAACGGUGGGAAACGAGAAGUUUCCAAAGAAGAAGCCAAAGCUUUCGCCGAUCAACAUUCGCUAUUUCACGUAGAAACGUCCGCUAAAAAUGGGUUGAAUGUUGAAGAAGCAUUUCGGUGUGUUACUCAAGAAGUUUUUAAUAGAAUACAAUCUGGGGAAUAUAAAGUGGAAGAUGGUUGGGAUGGUAUAAAAACCGGAUUUUCACGACCUAGUGGUUUGAAUUUUAAUUUAGUAGAAGCUGAGCCAGCUAAAUUAUCCUGUUGUUAAUUAUUUGUUUUAGUGCUGUAAAUAUUAAGAAUUAAACUGUCAAUCUUGUAUAAGUAUU